AUGGUUACUGAGAUCGAUGGAGGAAUAAGGAAGAACGAAUGGAAGCAGCUUGAGGGUCGAAAAGAGAUUAAUACAAAAGGGAAAAUGGUGGAUGUCGUCGGUUCUUUUUCUCCGCUGAACAGUGUCGAUGGUCCUGUUUGCGAUCGAUCGAAGGCUUGCUUCAGUUGGCCAUGGCGGCAGUUUGGUGGUUAUUUAGUCGGUCUGCCAUUAAAAUGGAAGGAAGACGAGAGGUUAGUCGUAAUAUUCUUUGGAGGUUAUAUUCCAUCGUUCGCCGGAUCAGAACGGCGACUAUUUUGUCACCGUAGUGCAACCACCGGUGUCCCAUUCCGGUUAAUCUCCGAUUUGCAGGUACCACCUGCACGAAGAGUUGUGGUGGAGUCGAUCCCGGCGUUGAUCAUAAUCAAGCAACUCUACCUAGUAACUAGGAUGGAGCUCUAG